UCGAACAUCCGCUGCCGUCCGUAUCUCUCGUUUAUUUAUUUUUUCGAAUAAUUCGCGGCCCUUUCUCGAUUUACUCUAUUUAUAAACACAAACACUUCUUACACAGUCUAUAAAUAACAUUCAGAGUGUUGCUUGGAUCAGUGCUCAAGUAUUUGGUGUAUAAAAACGUUUUAAAGUUACGAUGCGGUAUUUCUUUUUGCUCUCGAUUUUCAGUGUUGUGUUUGGGUAUGAAAAAGAUAUAACGUUUACAGUCCAACCUGGGACAACUGAUUGUUUUUACCAGAAGGUUACUCCGAACGAAGUUAUCGAUAUAGAAUACCAGGUAAUCGACGCGUCCCACGGCGAGCUAGACGUGUCGUUUCAAAUGUCGGACCCGGUCGGACGGAUCAUAGUGGCGGACUACAAGAAACCAGAGAACGCUCACAGACACACGGCGGCCUUGGAGGGCGACUACCGGUUCUGCUUCGAUAACACGUUCAGCACCUUUAGUACUAAGACGGUGUUCUUCGAUCUACUCAUAAUGUUGGAGACAGACGAUGCUCACGAUAAGGACUACGACGACGACAAGGAAAUGGAACUUGGCAACGCAGCAGAAUCCUACAUGAUGCGUGUCCGGGACAUAUCAGACUCCGUCACGCGCGUCAAGGACAACGUAUCAGCUGCCAGACGUUUGCAAGAGUUACACUCUGCUCACGAAGCGAGGGACAGGAAUUUGGCGGAAGAAAUGUGUGCCAGAGUUAUGACGUGGUCUCUAUGGCAAAUCGUGCUCAUGCUCACAGUAGGAGUCACACAGGUGUACUUCGUGAAAAGUCUAUUCGAGGAUGGCGGAUUUAAAAGAUUAAUACCAUCAUUCUCAUAACACCCACAUAAACAAAAAACACGUUGAAUAAUAAAGAACUAACUCAAAAAGUCACUUUUUCGAGUUGUUACCAUAUAACGACAAAAAACUAGAAAAACGGCCGUUUGGUGUAAUGGUU